CGUAUAAAAAAGAUAUGGAAAUAGAAGAAUAUUACGCUGAUUCAAUGUUCACCCCACUUUUAUAUUCUAUCGUACAAUAUAUUAAUGCGAAAAAAUCAUCACUGGAAACAAUAUUUCAUAUGCAUCAAACAUUAGCAAUAAUGAUUAAAAGCAAACCACAGCUCUAUCAUGAUCUUAUUGAGGUUGUUGCUUUCGGAGAUGAAUCGAGCCGUGCUCAAGCUAUCAACAUACUCUUCUUUUUUUGGGGUAAUUGUACUGGACAUCCUGUUAUCGGGCAGCCACUUCAGAAUGUUAGUUAUAAGGAUGAUUUGGUACUAAAAGAACAAUAUGAGCAAGAGCAAGAACUACAUCAGCGACAGCAAACUUCUUUAAACAACUCACACCAGAAGCUGCAGCCUCCGAGACAUCCAGAUUUUCCUAUUUCAACAAAGAAUGAACACACUCAUCAAUACUUACCGCAUAUUUUCAUCGAACGUGUUAAUAAUUUCACAUCAUCCUCUUUUAAAGAUAAACGCGCUACGCUUACGGUGAGCAAACGCACGUCUUUGAUAGAGAUGCAUGGCCAAUUGAUGCCAACUGAAAAUCCAAACGGGUGCAUGCAAUGUUUUGAGCCGGUGAUUGGAUUUGGACUGAGAUGUAAUGGAUGCAAGAUUAAUCUACAUUUUGGAUGCUAUAAUUCGACCGAUGGUGGGUUUUUGACUAAUUAUUUGUUGGCUUCAGGUAUCCAUAAAUUGUCAACACCUCGAUUUUGUGAUAUAUUGCCAAAUCCUCGAAGAGUUGUCUCUGGUGAUGACGACAAAUGUAAUCAAAAUAAUAAUAACGAUGUCUUAAUAACGAUAGAAAAUCAAAACGGGCACAAAUUCCACUUAAUUAAUUUAUUCACUUUGGUUUUAUGUAUGAAUUGUCAUGAACCACUUUGGGGAAUUAUGCAUCAAGGAUACAGAUGCGAAUAUUGUAACCGAUUUCUACAUAUUCAUUGUCUUGAUUCACAAAAACAGCAUCAUCUUCAACCAUGCCCACAUAGCGGAAAUAUGAAUGAAGAGGACGCCUUGAUUGAUUAUGAUUCACUCCGUAAAACUUUUCUACAAUAUUAUAAUCCAAUAGUAGUAUCAAGUGAAAAAUUGCCAUCCUACUCAGCUGAAGAAUUGUCUGUGAUGAUAAGUAUUUUAGAAAUUCAGGAUAGUAUAGUGAAUAAUGGAAUCUUAGCCGGAUGCUUAUUAGUCCGUCAACAUUUUGAGAAUCAUCCACUUGCGCAACAAGAGAAACUCAAACAAUUUGAGUUACAUGAAUUAUUAAGCUUAUAUAAAAAAUUCUAUUUCACUGAUAGUGAACGUGUAGGCUCGACGACGACUGUUGGUCUUGGUGCAGGUAUUAGUGAGUCAACGAUAUCGCAGGAGUAUUGGGAAGGUGUAUUCGGACCAAAUAUUUCGAAUCAUGGCAGUAAAGAACAACAAAAACGUCAUCAUCCUUGGAUCCUAUGUGAAGAUGAAUACCUUGGACAUCUAGCGGCAUUUAUCAAAUCAGGCGCUGGAUUUGAUAGAGAGAUCAAUAAUCACAAUGAAUAUCUAGGUGUAAACUCCAAUGGUCGUGCUAAUACUCCGACAUCUACCAGUACAACCGCUGACUCAAUUGAUGAUGUGACUUCGGUGGAAAGUCUUUCCGCUAGUGAUAUGAUUCGAUGGGUGAAAAAUAAUUUAGGAUUUCAGAGUGAAUUUUCUAGUAAAAUUUUAAUACAACAAAUGACCAAUCUGGGAUUUGUUGAAAGGAUUGAUGGACAUCCAGUUAUUUUCUCUAAUUCAGAAAUUGCGGCCUUUAUAUCGAAUAGCAGCAGCAGUUAUAAUUCUAGAAACAAAACAGAUUGCACUUUUCCGUUUCCUUUCGGCAUUGAAUAUACUCCAAAUGUAGAAACAUUAAUCUCCGCGAUUGUCUCCUGUCUAAAAGACAUAAAUGUCGCAAUAAACGAAUGCGGAUUCUUAUUAUUGACACGAAGAUGUUGGCCUGAUCCAUUUUUAUCACGAUACACAUUAGAAAGACUUAUUCACGCGAUUAUUGCAUGGAUUUGUUCUGAGGAUGAUCGAUUAAUGGUGAUUGCUCGAGAAUAUACCGCGGUUGGCAUUAAGUUGCCAGGCGUCCGGGAUGACUUUGAUGAUCGUACUAUUCCGAGUGCAAGUGGUUCUGUUUGUGCAACCGCUGUAAAUAAACGAAAUUCCACUUUUAAUAAUUCUGGAGGUGGUGCUUAUGUGAUUAGUCGGAAAAUGUUAAAAGAGAAAUAUAUUUGGGGUUGGCUGUUGUCUGUACAUCAAAUGGAUCCGGAAUUAUAUCGUGACAUGAUUUAUAGUCAAGUGAUUGUUGUGGAAGAACAUCAUAAUGACAGAGAGGUCUCGGAUGAUAAGAUGCAAGAUCACGCGUUUGAAAAACAAGAACGUAUUCUACAUUAUUUCAUUAAACUUUGGAGUGCUGGUUUACUCUUUUCGCCAUUUAAUAAAAUUAUGGGGCGAUGGUUAGAUAAUACGUAUCUUUUGUUAGCAAAUUUACCCGCAGACAAGAUUUUUAUCGAGCUCAAAUCUUUACAACGUAUUUUCAUGUCGAAAAGUACCGGAUCAAGGUUAAGCACGAGCGAUAACAUCUUUACGCUGAAUUUCGAUAAUUCGGUAAUCGAUAUUGAUGAUCCGAUGAAAGCUCUUACAGAAAUAUUUCAAAAAGGAGAUACAAAAUCGGUGUCUCGUGGGUUGCAAUGGAUGGAAUUAUUGGUACGUGGAAGUAUCGGAAUUCCAGGAUCGGUGUAUUCUGAAUUUCUUCCAUUACUGGCAGAUGUCUCACCAAAACUCGAGCAAUAUUCUGCAUUCAUGCAAAUUAUAUGGUAUCAAGUGAUUGGCGUGUAUGGGUAUUUACUAAAACGUCAGGAUGUCUUGGAACUAAUUACCAAUAUUAAUCUGGCUGCUAUGGACAUGGUACACGAUUCUGACUCGAUUGGAUCGGAUUUCGAUGUUGCAAGUGCUCGUCGUUUCGUGAAAAUUAGUAUGGCAUUGACACUGCAUUCUUUUGCGUGCCCACUUGACUUUAUUUCUUCCCUCGAGAUUUUGAAUGGCAUACCUUUAAGAGAAACGAACUUAAGGCAAACUAGUAAAUCCUCAAAACGACAUUCAACGUUACCCGAUCAAACUCCCGGAUCAAAUUUGACUGCAGACUCGCCAAUUGUUAAAUGUUUGUUCAAUUAUGCAAAAUUCGAAAGAUUGGGAAUCAUGAGAGAUUUAAUGAAGACUUUCUGGGGUCUAUUUGAGAAGGGUGGUCUUAUUUAUAAUAAAAAUGAAUUCUUGAAUAGUUGUAUUUCGAAGUUGUUGCCUAGUAUUUGGGAAAUAGUGUCUCCCAUAUAUGAUGCCGAUUCUGAGAUCACAAUGCGUCUUUUAAUGAAAUUAAUAUGGACAGAUGCAUCUUCUUUUCGUGCAUUUGUCAAUAAAAUAUUUGAACACGAAGAUUGGGAAAUUAGGCAACUCGAUAAAAAGCAUCAAGUGCAAUGGGCCGGGGUAUUUGCUCACUUGGGACAAAUUUUCAGUUACUUUGUCGGUUGUCUUUGGGAUAAAGAGGAAUACGUUCGAACAAAAGCAAUCUCUUAUAUUCGUUCCAUGCAGCGACUUAAAGUUCAGUUGGCGAUUAAAUGCUGGGAAGAGUAUUUCGAGACGGCGAAUAUUCGUGAACGGACGUUGCUUGCGAAAUUAAUGAUUCGGUUUAAUGCUCAGUUUCCUGAUUUGCAAGUGAUUGAUUGGAGCUUACUUUUCAAAGCGUUGUCUCAAGAGAUUGAAGAAUCUGUUUCUGCUGCAGAUAUUUUGGAAAGUUAUAUGCGGCCGGACAGCAUUUUAGUAAUUGGCUUAAAACAGCUUCAUGAUGAAACUACAGAUCCGGGGCAAAAAAUGGCUGAAGAAGAAAAUCUAAAGGUCCUUUUAAUAACACUCGCGCUACAAAUGGUUGGAAAUGGAAUAGAAAUUACAAAGCAAGAAGUCAUAGAACUGAAAUGUAUAACGAUGUCAUGUCUUGGCUUCAUCAAUUGUCGUGUGGAAAACAACAACGAUCAACCGGAAAUCAAUCAUGGCGAAUUUAAAUACACAGCUGACGAUUUUUCCCAAAAUAUGAUGAUGAUUGCGUGUCUCGGUAAUCUGAAAAAAAUUCUUGAUACUCCGAUAUACUUUAUGUCUGAUCCUGAUGUCGCCGAGGAAAUAUCGCGGUCGAUAUCUUUGUCGUCAUCCACAAUAGUUGAACAAAAUGAAAAAUUUGUGAGCGCGUGUUUUGUUGAUAUGGUGCUGAAAAUGUUUAACUCUUCGGUUGAUAUGUCGACGUUAAGUCAUUUAAUGCUCAAAAAUUGGAUCGAAUUGAUGCUUAUUAUUGUUUAUAAGCAUAAAAUUGAAGAUAGACGAAAUAAAGAAUUAGAAGAAAAAAUUGUGAACGCUAUGCGACGAAUAUCCGAACUAUUAACUAAAGACGUCAGCAACGAGAAUAAACUGCUCAUCAUAGAACUCUCAGCAUGUCUCUUAAAGAGAUCGCCUACAUUGACGGUAAACGUCCUUGGCAAACAGAUUAUUAUUCUUGGGAAAUUGAUGACAAAUUUGAAAUGCGACACAUCAAAUCAAAUAGUGAAUAAUGCUCGUGACUUUUUGCGUACGGCAUUUUUGAAAUUCGCGCUGAAUGGGUUAUUUGUGUUAAUAUUCAAGAAUCAAGAGGUGGCAGAUGACAAUCACAGCGAACUUGAUAUGUUUUGUGUCCUAAGAAUAGUAAUUGGUAAUGAAGUAAUCCCGGCCGAAGAUGAAAACCAAAGACCCACUUAUCUUCGUGAACAACCGAUACGCGAUGUCAUGAAUCAAGUGUUCAAAUUCAAUGUACGGAAAAUUGUCUCGACGAUUCUUUGUAAUCUGAACAAAUAUGUUCAGUUGGUUUAUUCGAAACCGUACGAAGAACAACUGAUAGAAGAUAUAGGGGCCUUCUUUAAUAAAUUGGCUAAGCAUACAAGUGAAUGGAAACGCGGUGAAUGGGAUAUUAAUCCGAUUUUACAGAUGGCUGCAACAAUUUUCAAGGAAAAUUCAAAAUAUGCCAAGCUAUUAAUUCCAAGCAUAAAAAGUCUAUUCAGACAUGCCAUUCAAAAGUGCAUAAUCUCCGUAGAAUCUUGUCUCAAGUUGUUAGCUUCUUACACGUCGGUAGCUCAAUCUAUUAGUAGUCAUUUUAGCCUUGUUAACGUUUUUGGUGAAGUUGUUAUUGAGGAGUUGAGAUCAAGUUUCCGAGGGAGUAAAUCGCGGUUGAAUCAUGAUACUCUUAUCAUUUUACUUCAGUUAAUUCUGGCUGAUAUGGAUCCAGCUUCUCGACCAUGGCUACAGAAUCUUGAGCGCAAAUUACAAUUGGAUAUCAAUAAUAAUAAUAAUAUUCGUAGUUUACAUGACAAAUCAUCUCAUAUCACCACCAAUGAGAAUCGACAUUCUUAUUUUGCAAAUGUCGCGGAAAGUUUAUUUGAUGACUGUGUGAGUUUAUUGGAAAGUCCGACUCAUACAAAAGAGUAUUCGAAAAAAGAAUUUAAAGUUGGCGUGUGUAUUGGGCAGCUGGUGGUUGCCAUGUGCAAUCAGAAAUAUGAUUUAUUAACAAAAAUUUUCUUGUGGCAAAAGCCAACGGAUUCAAGACGUACCAUUCGCCUACUUGAUUGGGUUCUACUAUGCAUGUCAAAAUCAGAAGCAACUUCUUCCGGUCUAAUUACAACAAUCUUCGAUUUUCAAGACAACAUUGCCGACUUAUUAAAUCAUGCGCUUCGCCAGCCAUUCAAUGAAAUACUUAGUCCGGAACUCAACUAUUUGUAUACUCCAUCCGGUGAAUUGGUCUAUCAGGCAUUUCUCUUGGUAAAAAUCUGGACUGUUUUAUGUGGCUACGCAACAAGACUAUCAUCCACCGACGAUGGUAGAAGUGGCUCUUCAAAUAGUAAUAGUGGCUCUCGUGUUCAUCGACGAUUAACUGUUUCUCUAGGAAUGGCCGAACGAAGGUUUUGGAAUUCAAUUUGGCCUUCUAUGAGACAACAGUUGACUUCUAAUAUAAUUGAAAAGGAGGUUCAGCCCAACCUUGUUCCAUACUGGGAAAUGUUUAUGGACUUGAUCACGUUUCUACAUCUUUGCGGCUCGGAUAUUGUAAUGUUACACUCGCAAGAAUGGUGUACAUUACUUGAUAGUAUUAUUACUCAAGAGACUUCAGACAUUCCCGAAUUUCAGCAAAAAAUCAGACAAGCACGAUCAAUGUUUGACGACCCGCCAUUGAAAAUGAGCGAAGACAUGAUAUCCACGCAACUUUUCAUGGAGAUGCGUGAAGCGAUGCGAUUGCAUUUCGAAGUUCAUGCUAAUACGACAAUGCGGUUCUUCUGA